GGGCUGCCAGCGUCCCCUAGGUUUCCUUCUCUUCUCGAGCCGGCUUGCUGGACCAGGGGCGCCCCGGGGUGAGGGCGCUGACCUGGGGCAAUCCGGGCGGGGCUGCGCGGGGUCUGGGUGGCACCGCUCCGAGGGCUUGGGCGGCCGGUGCGUCCCGCCCGGCGCGGGCUCUUCUGGCUCCUGCCGCCCCCGCGCCCCGCCGCCCCCGAGGCCCGACGGCGCCGCGCGCCCCCGGCGGCCCCCGCCCCCGCCCUUUCCCCUGGUGGCCGCGGUGGACCCGGUAGCUCGGCGCCCCCCAGAGGAGGGAAAGUUGGGACCUGGCGGCGAGGGACGCCCCCGGGCGCGGCUGGGAAGCUGCUGGGGAAAGUGAAGCCUGGAGGAGCUGGGCGCGGGGAGGCUGGGGCAGGAAGGGCUCCUUUCGCUCCUGCUAAGUGUGUGCAGUCAUCCCGCUCCAACCCCGGGAGGAGCUGGCGCAGGGUCGCCAGCCUGAAACCCGGUAGCUCUUUGCCUGUUGACUUCGCGCUGCGGCUUGUGAGCCCUCUAAUGUGCGAGCUUGCUCGGCUGUUAAAGGAUUUUGAGUGGUUCGGUUGGCAUCUGCCUAGACUGGAGUUUAUGCUGUAGACAUUUCUUUGUGGAUUUGUCUCAAAAGCCAAGGCCUGUGCAGUAGCUGCCUCAGGGCUCCUCAGGUUCCGCAAGCGAGAUCUUCAGCACCCUUCCAGCUCGUUCCACCACCCAGUCCCAAAGCCAGUGCCACGUUUUAUGUUUUUGUUCUGGCAGCACUACAGUUCCAGGUUAAAUGCCAGCCUGGAUUUAAGGAGGAGGGAAUUAGACUCCACGUCUCUGGGGGAGUGGCAAAUUUAUAUCACAAAAAGAGCCUAUAGCCUCUAGCUUAAGACCUUGGAAUAAUGUAAUGGUGUUACUGGACGUCAUACGUCUGUGGACCAGGCAGUGAUUUGUUGGUGGGAAGGAGAGUGAGAAGUCAGAGGCUAAAGGGAGGAAGCCAUAGGGCCCAGGGGUGCACACACCUGCAUGAGGACUUGUCUUGGAAACGGGCUUGGCCAUUUGAGCUGGCGGUUCUGAGAUUCCAGAUUGAUCGUACUUGGAAGAGCUGCUGUGGUACUUAGGGGAGGUGGAAACUGAUGGAUGGAAGUCUUACCAUGCACUGAAAGAAAAGCAUUGUCUGUGAAGUUCUGUAUUUUAAAAUGUCUGCUUGUAACACCUUUACUGAACAUGUUUGGAAACCUGGCGAAUGCAAGAACUGCUUUAAACCUAAAAGCUUGCACCAGCUCCCCCCAGACCCUGAGAAGGCUCCUGUCACCCAUGGCAAUGUGAAAACUAAUGCCAAUCACAGUAACAACCACCACUUGAGGAAUACCAGAAAUUUCCGACCCCCUGUGGCUAAAAAACCCACUAUAGCUGUGAAGCCCACAAUGAUGGUGGCAGACGGACAAAGUGUAUGUGGUGAGCUUAGUAUCCAAGAACCCUGUGAGAACAAGCCUAUCAUCAUAGGGUGGAACCGAAACAGGACAGCCUUAAAUCAGAAACCACUUAAUAAUAAUAAUGAAGACGAUAUUAAAAGAUUUAGCCACGUUCCUAAGCCUUAUGGUAAUAAUGAUAGUGCAAAAAAGAUAUCAAAUGACAAUAAUGGACUAACUGAUGUGUUGAAGGAGAUAGCAGGCUUGGAUACCAGCCCUCCGGGCAGAGGAAAUGAAGCAAACUCCAGAGAAACAUUCUUAGGAAGAAUAAAUGAUCGCUAUAAGCGGUCACUGGAAAGAAAGCUCCCGCCAAGUUGCCUGGUGGGCGGGAUGAGAGAAGCUCAGAGCAAGCACGUCACGCUGAGCGCGAGCGCAGAGGUGAUCGGCAGCGAAGGGGGCCGCUUCUGUUACCCCGCGUUCUCAAGCGGCGAGGAGAGCGAGGACGACGUGCUUCUCAGGGACGCGGAGGAGGAGCAUGAGAGCUGGGAUGAGAGUGAUGAAGAGCUGCUGGCCAUGGAGAUUCGCAUGAGAGGACAGCCUCGCUUUGCUAACUUCAGGGCAGACACUCUGUCCCCUGUCAGAUUCUCUGUGGACAAAAAAUGGAAUACUGUCCCCUUGCGGAACAAGUCUCUGCAGAGAAUCUGUGCUGUAGACUAUGAUGACAGUUAUGACGAAAUCCUAAAUGAAUAUGAAGAUGAUUCUGUGGUUUCCUGUGGACCAGGAAGCGUUCAGAGCAUGGUGUCAUCUGACUCCACAUCGCCAGAUUCUUCUUUAACAGAAGAAUCACAUUCUGAGACAGCUAGUAGUUUAUCUCAGAAGAUUUGUAAUGGAGAAAUAUCACCUGGUAACCCAGGAGAUUCUAAGAACAUGAAGAAAAGUGAGCCCAAUUAUGAAAGUCUCUCUGGUAAUAAUCAGGAGAAGGACUCAUCACAAGCACCCAAAAGCUCAGUAAAAGUUCCAGAGACUCACAAAACAGUCCUUGCUCUCCGAUUAGAAGAGAAAGACGGCAAGAUCGCUGUACAAACCGAGAACCAAGAAAGUAAAGCCUCCACAGAUAUUGCUGGGCAAGCAGUGACCAUAAACCUCGUCCCUGUAGAAGAGCAAGCAAAGCCCUACAGAGUUGUGAACCUGGAACAGCCAUUGUGCAAGCCAUACACUGUCGUGGACGUGUCAGCAGCCAUGGCCAGUGAGCACCUGGAGGGCCCUGGUAAUAGUCCCAAGAUGAAAAGCUCAUCUUCUACUCCAAACUCUCCAGUGAUUUCACCUGCAUUGACAUCAGGACAAAUAAGCGCCCAUUCCCAAAAAUCCAGUGCGAUCCGAUACCAAGAAGUAUGGACUUCCAGUACCAGUCCACGACAAAAGAUACCCAAGGUGGAAUUAGUUAGUAGUGGAACUGGACCAAAUGUCCCUCCAAGGAAAAACUGUCACAAAUCAGCACCUACUUCACCUACAACUACAAACAUUUCCUCCAAAACCAUCCCUGUUAAGUCGCCUAAUUUGUCUGAAAUAAAAUUUAAUAGUUAUAAUAAUGCUGGUAUGCCACCUUUUCCAAUUAUCAUUCAUGAUGAACCAACUUAUGCUCGGAGUUCCAAAAAUGCUAUCAAAGUCCCCAUUGUUAUCAACCCAAAUGCAUAUGACAAUCUAGCCAUUUAUAAAAGUUUUCUUGGAACCAGUGGAGAACUCUCAGUGAAGGAGAAAACCACAAGUAUGCUAAGUCAUACUUACGAAGAGAUAGAAACUGGAAACAAAGUGUCUGGUAACACCACUAGCAAGCCCGCUGAAUGUCCCCAAGCUAAAGGGUUUUCAAACAACACAGAGCAUAAAAGGGGCUCAGUGGCUCAGAAGGUUCAGGAGUUUAACAGCUGUCUUAACAGAGGUCAGUCUUCACCACAGAGAAGCUAUAGUUCGAGCCACAGCUCCCCAACAAAGAUCCAGAGACUCACUCAAGAACCUGUGGCCAAAACAGAAGGCACCCAGGAGUCUCAGAUGACGAGCGGCAGCACCAGGGAGAAGGCGAGCACAGUGCUUUCUCAGAUCGUGGCUUCUAUCCAACCCCCACAGUCUCCUCCAGAAGUGCCCCAGUCUGGCCCUAAAGCUUCCGGUGUUGAAGAGCUUUAUGCAGUUCCUCCAGAUGUCAGUCCUGCCAAGAGUACCCCACUCAGGCCCAAAUCUCUCUUUACAUCCCAGCCCAGCGGUGAGGCUGGAGCACCUGAGGCCACAGAAAGUCCUACCACCAAAGUACAGAAAGAUCUACUCACAAAACCAGUCACCACUCCUCCCUCCAAAUUAGUGACUAACCCCCAAAGGGAGCCACCACCUCCCUUUCCCCCUCCACGUUCUACUUCCUCCCCUUACCAUGCAAGUAACCUUUUGCAGAGGCAUUUCGCCAACUGGGCCAAGCCAACUAGCCCUACUAGGUCAACAGAAGCUGAAUCCAUUUUGCAUUCUGAAAGUGGCCGGCGGGCCGCUGACGCAAAACCUAAACGCUGGAUAUCAUUUAAAAGCUUUUUCCGCCGUCGGAAAACAGAAGAGGAAGACGACAAAGAGAAAGACCGAGAAAAAGGGAAACUGGUGGGCCUUGAUGGCACAGUCAUCCACAUGCUGCCCCCUCCUCCAGUUCAGCGUCAUCACUGGUUCACAGAAGCAAAAGGGGAGUCCAGUGAGAAGCCAGCCAUCGUCUUCAUGUACAGGUGCGACCCUGCCCAAGGCCAGCUCAGUGUGGAUCCGAGCAGGGCCAGGGCAGACCAGUCAACGGCCACGGAGAAGGAUGGGGCAGAGGACGGGUUCUUGCAGGACUCAGAGAAGAAGAGCAGGAGUCAUUCUUCUCCGUCGCACAUUCCUAAACAAACUCUCAGUCGUGUGACCCACGAAGCUGCAGAUGAUUUCUCUCUUUGGGAUCCACGAGCCGCCGGGCAGCAGGACGGCGGGAGCUGCCCUCCGGUCACACCAGCACUGCCCCUACCUGGACUGGAAAGGGAAGAGGAAAAAGAGGACAUUUCAGAUCCCACAGACCUGAAUCCCUGUAGCGCAACAUACAGCAACUUAGGGCAAUCUAGAGCAGCCAUGAUACCGCCCAAGCAUCCACGGCAGCCUAAAGGAGCUUCGGACGACGCCCUUGCCUCUGGUGGGAGAACAGACCAAGAAGCACCUAAUGCUUCCCAACCUACACCGCCCCCACUGCCAAAGAAAAUGAUCAUCAGAGCCAAUACAGAGCCCAUCUCCAGAGACCUCCGGAAAUCCAGGGAAACAAGUCUCUGUGUCAUGGCUAAUCCCACCUAUGAAAUCGACCCCAACUGGGAUGCCAGCAGUGCUGGCUCUUCCGUCAGUUACGAACUCAAAGGACCGGACAUUGAGCCUUAUGACUCCUUGGAGAGACCUUUGCCCAGGGAGAGACCUGGCCCCUCAGCAGCAAACAGCAUCUCCAGCUUAACCGCUCUCAGUAUCAAGGAUAGAUUUUCCAGCAGCACGGAGUCCCUGUCCAGCCGGCGUGGUCCCUCUGGCAGACAGGGCCGGGCCUUCCAGAAGCCACAGAGACAAGCACUUUAUCGAGGACUUGAGAAUCGGGAAGAAGUGGUGGGUAAAAUCCGAAGCCUCCACACCGAUGCCUUGAAGAAACUGACUGUUAAAUGUGAAGACCUUUUCAUGGCUGGACAGAAAGACCAGCUCCGUUUUGGGGUGGACAGCUGGUCAGACUUCAGGCUAACCAGUGACAAGCCAUGUUGUGAGGCAGGUGAUGCAGUUUACUACACAGCCUCAUAUGCAAAAGAUCCACUUAAUAACUAUGCCGUCAAGAUCUGUAAGAGCAAAGCAAAAGAAUCUCAGCAGUAUUACCACAGCCUGGCUGUCCGGCAGAGCCUGGCUGUUCAUUUUAACAUCCAGCAAGACUGUGGUCACUUCCUUGCUGAAGUGCCCAGCCGGCUGCUGCCCUGGGAGGAUCCCGGCACCACUGAGGAGGAGGAUGGAGUGGAAGAGACCGAAGGAGUAGAAGGAGAAGCGGGCGGGAAGGGCCCUGAAGCAGAGCCGCCCCGGAAGGAGAGCCAGGGCGCCGCCGGCGGGAAGCGGAGAAGCCACGUCGUGGUCAUCACCAGGGAGGUUCCCUGUCUCACUGUGGCUGAUUUUGUGCGGGACUCUCUGGCCCAGCAUGGAACAAGCCCUGACUGGUAUGAGAGGCAAGUGUGUCUGCUGCUCCUGCAGCUGUGCUCCGGCCUCGAGCACCUGAAGCCCUACCACGUCACUCACUGCGACCUUCGCCUGGAGAACCUGCUGCUCGUCCGCCCCCAGCCCGGGGGGCCCGCAGAGCCCACCCCCGCCUCGUCCCGUCCCACAAGACUCCUCGUGAGCAACUUCUCUCAGGCCAAGCAGAAGAGCCACCUGGUGGACCCUGAGGCCCUCCGGGACCAGUCCCGCCUCGCCCCGGAGAUCCUAACGGCCACCCAGUACAAGAAGUGUGACGAGUUCCAGACAGGCAUCCUCGUCUACGAGAUGCUGCACCUGCCCAACCCCUUCGACGAGAACCCGGGGCUCAAGGACAAGGAGUACACGCGGGCAGACCUGCCUCGCAUCCCGCUCCGCUCCCCCUACUCCCGGGGCCUGCAGCGGCUGGCCAGCUGCCUCCUGAACCCCAACCCUUCCGAGCGGAUCCUCAUCUCGGACGCCAGAGGCAUCCUCCAGUGCCUGCUCUGGGGCCCCCGGGGAGACCUCUUCCAGGCCCUCUCUGCCUCCCCCAGCCCGGCGCAGAGAAGCACCCUGCUCCAGAACUGGCUGGACAUCAAGCGAACGCUGCUGGUGAUCAAGUUCGCCGAGCAGUCCCUGGACAGCGAGAGUGGGGUCCGCCUCGAGGACUGGCUCUGUGCCCAGUACUUGGCGUUCACCACUCCAGACUCCCUCAGCUGUGUCGCAAAAAUCCUGCAACACCGUUAAUGUGCCCAGUCGCUGCUUUUUCUUCCCCUUCUUCAAGUUUCCCGCGCACGUCGUCCCCCCCCAUCACUCACACAGAAUUCAAGGGAAGAAGAGAGACAGACCCUCCGUCCCGUCCAUGAACAAAUGAGUCAAAGGUCAUCCGCGGCUCCAAACUGAGUGAGAAGCUUAGUCCAUCUUGACUUUACAGGAAUUCAACUGCACAAACAUGCAUUUGCCUUCCAUUGGAGCACCUUAUACCCUAAUUGUCCCACAAAUGCAGGUAAAAAAUGAAAGUGCAUAUCCUUGAAGGGACAGCUCCUUUGGUAUAAACUCAGUGAGCUACGUCCUAUUCCUCCAUAAUGCUGAACAUCGUAUGUCUUUUUAACACCAAGUGUAUCCUCACUAGCAACAGACAGCUUUAACCAACCCUCGCCGUCAUCCAUCAAGCUCUCACAAUGGAUUUUCUUUCUUUAAAAUACCAGUAAGAGACUCUCUUACCAGGCGGAACUGCCAUCCUUAGCAGCAGCCUAGUUUUGGUUCUGGGGACUAUGUAUCCUUUGUUUCAGGGGGUAGUGGAAAGAUGGAGAGGUCCCGUCCUUUGGGUCAUGGCCCCAUUUUCAUUCCUGUUAUCGAUAAGUGGGUGUGCUGCAUGGAGGGUGGCCCUAGCCGUCUCCCCUCAGCUGCCGCUGUCAUCCUCCUUCACCUCUACUCUGUCCCCGCUUGCCGGUGGAGUUUGGGUUCAUUGGCCACAGGUGUCCCAUUACAGAGCUGUCCCUUGGUGGUGUCGCAAACGCCUCGGCAGGGUGGAGCACCGUUCAUAUCCUGUAAACAGCUGGCAGGACACGAGGAGAUGAUUUUCCUGCAUGCGCGAUUCUUUCGGGGCCAGCAGGGGAACAGUUUAAAGGACCAUUCUUUGAUUACUGUCAGAGCUGUCAGUGUUGACAGCCAGGGCUGGUGGUGCCCAGAUCAUAGUUUUCCCCUGAGCAGUAAUCGGCCCGCUGUCUUCUAUCAGUAGCCAGUGCUAACUAGCCUACCAAAGUGCUAUAGAUAACAGCCCUGGAUGAACUGGCUGUCCAUUGAGCUCUUAAGAGCUCUCAGAGGGCAUGGCACAGCUGGCUAUUAGGAUGUCCAGAAGGCUGGAGAGGGGGAGAAGGCCACUGAUGAGGCUGCUGACCUCCUCCCCAGCAUACUGACCUCUUCUGGAGGCUGCUUCCUGGUUGCACUGCUACAUUGCUCCUUAUGACUCUGAAAUGGCUCAGAAGGACAGCUGACAGGGAAUUUUGACUGCUGAGAUGGGUGGUUGAGAGCUGUUCAUCAUUUGUGGGGUCUGCGCUCCACGCCUGUGGAUAUAUGUGCAAUUUUUGUAUGUAUUCUUAGCUGUAUAUUACAGUGUUUAUGUUGCAACUUCACCUGAAGCAAGAUCUACAGAAGUCCUCUCCUUCCCUCGGCACAUUUUGGCUAAGAGACAAGUGUUCCUUCCACUGAGGGUUGGAGGGUUGGGGAGAUUGUGUGUGUGUGUGUGUGUGUGUGUGUGUGUGUGUGUGUGUGUGUGUGUGUGCGCGCACGUGCACACACGUGAGCACAUGUGUGCUUGUUUUAUUCAAAACUGUGAGUAUCUGUUUACUUCAACCUUAAGUCCCAAGAGUCACUCAGACACUGUGAUUGUUGUGUACACAUGUGUGCCCAUGUGUGUGCACAUGCACGCUGAAAGCAGAGGUCAGGCCUCUCGGGGAGCAACCUGUGGCAGGUUCGAUAGACAUGUUCUCUGCACCUAGUUGGUGAAGGAGCCCUGGGGCCCCUCAUCUACCAGGGCAGAGUUUCUUAAAGCCAAGACUAAAUGUACAGUAUUACUUAGCACAUUAGUGGCCUUUUGGAUAUUUCUAAACUUUUAACAUUUUAACAGCCUUUCAUGUGAUUCACCUAUAUCAAAGAGGGUCAAGAAAGGAGAAGAAUGUAUUUUGUUGUGCUCUUCUUUCUUUUUUUUUUAAAGAGAAUGGUCAUGUGAGGCUCCAUGUGGAGCAUGUCCCUGCUGUGGCCGGCAGGACAGGACUCCCAGGAAGAGAGCUGGUCGGCCCCAACAAGCCUUGCCUUCUCUAGCCGAGUAUGGCCGCAGAAUGGGUGUGCCGCUGCAGGCCUGCAGUCCACUCUCUCCACGGCCUGUGGCUUGGCCGCACCUUGCCUAGCACACUGGCGUCUGGUUCACCUUAGCAUAGCCCGUGUGCGCAUAGCUCCUUGCUGAUCGUGCACUGAGGCGGCAGCACACGGGCACAGGCCACGUCAUCUGGCACGCACCCGGAGAGGCCCUCCCCGCCAGCUGCGUGCUGAGACACUGUCGCGGUGCCUUCCCCAUGCAAGUUUGAACGUUGAUGAUUUAAUGAAGAAUGUUCCCUAGUCCUUCUACUUGUUUUCUAGGUAUCCUUCCUUUUUCUUUUCCUUUUUUUCUGUCUUGACUUGGAUCCGGUCUUUUUAACUCUAAAGCAUUAUAAGCAUGGACACCCUCCACCACUCUUACCGCACUGGUAAGCGGCGCGCCUCUUCUCAUCGGAUUUGUUUAGUACUGUUUUUGUAUUCGAUUUGUUAGGGGCAAAAGAUGAAUGCCAACUCAUUCGGGAAGGGCCUCGGGCUUCCCGGAGACAGGUGACCAGCUUUAUUUUUCUCUGAGUGGAUGGCCAAGGAAUGUGAGCUGGGGAGAGAAGAGGGUGUUACAGGUUAGAGCAGAAAAGAUGAAAUAACUAUUUCUAGACAAGAAGUACUACAUCAGAUGGUCUGCAGAAUGUUUUCCCAAAAUAAUGAAAUUUACGCAGUCUAAUAUUAUCAUAAUCUUUUUUACAUUUCCUUUUUUAAUUAUAGUAGGAACUUUGAAUUCAUUUGUCAACUGGAAAGAACCCUAUCCUCAGACACAGAUAGACAGACAUAUAUAUAUAUAUGCUUUUUGGUUUGUGACUAAUAGAGCACUUUAAGUUUUCUCAAGCAAUAUAAAGUUAUUAUCUUCAAAAUUGAUUGGAAAUGCUUUCACUGAGAUCUGUACUAUACAGAGUCUUCCCUUUGUAUUGAGACUUUGAACAAUUAAAUCACCAUUGGGACUUUUCCUUAAGCCACCUGAGCAAGAACAAUCUCUCGGCCACGUUUCGGCACCAGAGCACCGGGACGGUAGCUGGAGUGGCCGAGACCACGCCUGAAUGCAUAGCGGGGUGCCUUGUUCGAGUGAGAGCCCAGGCUUGGAAGGCAGAGGGUCAGGGUUCCACAGGCAGGACUAGAGCUCUGGGAGGGCCCUGCGCCAGCGUGAGCGGAGCCGCUCUGGCGUGUGUGUGCUCCCACGGUGCGCAGAAGCCAGUUCAGGACGAACAGCAGCAGGACGAAGGCGGAGCAUGCGGAAGCUGUGGACCCUGCAACGAGAGAAUCGUGACUCAGGCCCACAAGUCACUAGGUUAAGGUAGAAUUGGGAGCUAGACAGAUGGCAGUGGGUUUCAAGGUUCGCCCUCGGAAGAUGAAGCAGGUAGGGCAGAGGGCGUGGCACAGCACCCACACUGCAGAUGUGGGCCGAGAAAGAUAAAGCAUCCGGAAGGGUUUUUAAGAGUCUGAGUAGUCCUUCAUUGUCAGAGUAAGUGGGGGCCGCUUUGGCUUCCAAACCUCAGAGUAAGUUUGUGAAUAUGGAAAACUCUUAAGUCAAGAGAUCUAAACCUCUAGAAAUAGUAAUACUACGUCUGGAGUAAACCACCUAAACUUGUACUUUAAGCUUCCUAGCAUUGUGAAAUUCCCAUGAAAUAUCUUCGGGAUCUACUAAAUAGUAAGGCAUAGAAAAAUUACCCUCAGCUGCCCCAAUUUGAAUUUAAGAUACUUUGGUGCUGGGAAGUCACCUGACUCGGUUUUAUUGGUAACCUGCAACUAGGACUUUUCCCUAGAUUUUACCAGCAGUGAUCUGAAAAAAAUACAUGCUGGUCUCCAGAAUGGCUGAGGGGCAGGUCAGGAUACUGCACAGUAGUCAGAGUGCUUCUAGACACAUAAAGGAUCAAUACGCUUGGAGGUGGGGGAGAGAGCGCUUUACUCGGAAGGCCAGCGCUGAUAUUUUUUUAGUCCCCUCACUAGCUGACAAGGAUUAAAAUUCAGGUUCAGCCUAUUGAGUGAACAGGGGUGGUUUCACCUCACUGCCACUCAUGCCGAAGUGUGCACUGAAGUCUGGCUGGCCGUGCUUAUGGCAGCACCAAAACUGGGGAUUCCGUGGACCAAAAAUGAUGCCAUAAGGGAGGCCAGAGGAGCUGUAGUGCAAGGUCCUAGACAGAGAUUAUACCAAAGAAAUCAAGCCUCUUUGUCGUGACGCUUCUAAGGUGAUAAGACUGAGCAAUGAGAGAUGCCAAAUAUGAGGCGAAUGCACAUACAUUCCGUAUUAGGGUAGUCAACUGAUAAAAUAAUCCAUUGUGAAAACACCUAUUUUUUUAAACAAGUCAAUUUGGUGUAUUUGAAAAAGAAGAUGAUGAUGGAAUCCUUGGGCCGAUUAUGUAAAGUUCCCUCAUAUAUGUAAAGAGAAGGAACCCGUCCUUCUGCCCUUGGCCGACUGUGGCUACUGGCCAAACUCCGGCUUGGGAACAUGAGACCCACAUGGUACUGAGAGCUGAGGGUUUUUUUUUAUGACAUCUGAUAGUUUCAAUAGGUGUGUUUAAAGAACUCUUGGGAGAUUUCUUAACAAAUUGCAAUACUUUUUAUAAACCUUCCUACAGAGGUGUUUACCACUCAUCACCACCAUUAUUUAAUAUUUAUAAGUGCCCAGAAUGUACAAGGUGCUACACAGCUGUUAAACACCUCGUCUCUGCAGCUGUUUGAAAUUAGAGUAGAUGUUUGCAUCAGCCACUGCUAGAAGCUUCCCCCACCUGGGUCGCAGGGGCCUGCAUUCCUGACAUCCCAUCAUAGAUUUCCUACCCCAGAGAACCUCCACAUUUGUUCUGGCUCCUCACCUUUACCCAUCCCACUCACCCCCAUGUUUUUUCUAAAUCAAGAAAGUUUCAGGGACUCAAAAGAGGUCGGGAAUUUUUUAACCUAGCAGAAGUACAUAGUCAUAUAUUUUGCUACAAAUAUUGUUGUGUAAGGAAAAUCCAGUUUGCCCAUAUAGUGCGUGGAAAGUAUGUGUGUGUCUCUGCACUCACCUUGAAUCUUGAACCAGCCCUGUGACUUCAGGGUAGCAGUUUUGAAAGGUAAACCACAGUGUUUCAGGAAACUUGCUCUAAAUACUACUUGGUUAUCUCCUCCCUUACCAGUUUUAAAGAGUUAUGUGUGAACACACGGGGUUGGGAUUUUCUGUUGAUUAAAUGCAGGGCACUUUGGUGUGAGAUCAGGGCAGAAACAAGAUGCCAUCCUCAGUGAUGUGAAUCAUGGCGGUCCUCAUUGCAAUCCCUCUAAUUCCCCGUGGCUCCGCCCACACUCUGUAUUUCAAAGUCUUGUUUUACUUGCUCUUCCCUGAAGCUUCACCUCUUUGCUUACAUAAUUUAGCGUUAUAUAAAUCUGCCAAUGAAAACCCUCUGUCCCGGGUGGCCCGCCCCUUGGUCUGCUGUGGUACUCCGCUGUGUCCCCUGUGGAUCGUGUUACUGUGUAAAUAAAUUCAUAUUAAUACACUAAAGACCAGACAAGCAUUUGUCCUUGCAGUGACUUCCAUACUGACAUGAUGGGGAGGGUCUGGCCGAAGACACGGUUAUGUCAGCCCCCCACUCGGGAGGCGUGCCCUCGGAUCCUCAUCUCCUGCUGACCUGGAUCGUAUAUUCUGUUCAUUCUCCCUAAUCUGAGAAAAGUAGGCCGGAAGAAGUGAAGGCCGCGGGUUUGCGGUGUGGCCUCGCCCCCUGGUGGUCAGUCUCUAUACCGCCUUUCUGGGCUCGUCCUGCCUGUUGGAGAGACUGCGGGCUCAGGCCGACUUGAGUGGACAUCUCAGAGCCGCGGAGAUAACGCGAGCAGAGGCAGGGCCUUGUCCAGCGUCACCUGCUGCAGAAUUCACAUGCCUUUGGCCUGUUCGCUAAGGUACAGGACAAACAGUGUCCCCACAAAGGCA